UUCAAGCGUGACACUUCCGCGAGAUCUGAUACGUGUAGUAUGUAUUAUUGAUCACGAAGAUAGUGCUGUACGCGCGACGACGUUUAUUUAAAUGUCCCGAUACCGAUUGUAAGAAUUUUUAAUAGGUUAUUUCGUUCACGUUCGAAAGUAACCGUGGUUCCUAAGUUGAAAGUUUAUAGUCGUGAUUAGAAAGGGUGAAAGAGAACGUUCUUGUAAUACGAUGCAACGAGCGCAAGGUCUAAGAAUGUUAACUAUUCGGGAACAACGGUACAGGCACUGUUCCCUCGUGUUACUGCACUGGCAUCGGUGGUGACGAAGUCGAAUCACGAGUGUAUGGAAAUGGACCAUUCGCUCUAUGACAGCCAGCGUAGCAUGGCUGCGGUAUCGGCAUGCGCCUAACCGCUUAGCAACCUACGAACCGAAGAACUCCGGGCCAUCUCUUUCACUUCUUAAAAUGGUAGAAGGAAAGGAAAUGGACAGGGAUCAUAGGGAACAACGCGAUCACGAUAAUUUAAAUGAAAUCGAGGGGGAACGAAAAGUAGGAAUGGAUUUUCGUAAUUUGUCUCAUCACCAUGGUGUGGAUCAUGUAGCUGAUGUCGAAUCGGAGCGAGACAUGGAAGUUGAUCAAAACGAUCGCGUCGAGGGCCUACACGAUGAUAAAAUAGAUCAAAAUUUAGGAAGGAAUUUUCACAAUUUAGCUCAUCAUCUCGCUAUGAGAGACAUGGAAAGAGAUCAAAACAAUCACGUUGAUAACGUGCACGAUGAGAAAGUUGACAAUAAAAUGGGAAGAGAUUUUCGUAAUUUGGGACCUCAUACAGGCAUGGUUCACUUACACUCUGGGAUUGAGCAUUUAAACAAUGUCGAUGUAGAGGUGAAAUUGGCAAGAGAUGUUCGCGGCUCUUUAGGUUUAGGACUGUCGUUAGAAUUGUGUGUGGUCUGUGGGGACAGGGCCAGUGGAAGACAUUAUGGAGCAAUAAGUUGCGAAGGUUGCAAAGGUUUCUUUAAACGUAGUAUUCGAAAACAAUUGGGUUAUCAAUGCAGAGGAAGCAAAAGUUGUGAAGUUACCAAACACCAUAGAAAUCGGUGUCAGUAUUGUAGACUUCAGAAAUGCCUUGCAAUGGGGAUGAGGAGUGACUCUGUUCAACAUGAGAGGAAACCAGUCUUGGGUGAAUCGGCGGCGACAAAAGUUGGGAAUCGAAGUCCUAGAGUUAAACCAGAACCGCAACAACCAGUGUCUGAAACACCUUCGACUUGGGAACAACCCGAAAGUCCCAGUAUGGAAGACCAAAGUAGUGAUAGUGAUCUCAGUGAUGCAUUAACAUUAGCAAGAGAACGGUUACUUAUUUCACAUGCAUUAGAUAGCAUGGCUAAGCUUAUUGGAGAUAGCGUGAAUGGUUCGAGCGAACCAGAAGAAGAAUGGACUGGUCAGUUAAUAUCAGAAAGGCAUACGCUGUUUGAAUUAAGAGCACCCAGCCCAGCCCCUGCGUACUUAUCUAUACAUUAUAUAUGCGAGAGUGCUGCUAGAUUACUUUUUCUAUCAGUUCAUUGGGCAAGAGGAAUUCCGGCGUUUCAAGCGUUACCAUCUGAAGUUCAAACAACGUUGGUACGCAGUUCCUGGGGACAGCUCUUUACUUUAGGUCUUGCACAAUGCGCGUACACUCUGUCGCUUCCUAGUAUUCUAACAUCGAUAAUAAAUCAUUUGCAAGCUAGUAUCGCACAGGAAAAAAUUACCGCUAGCAAAGUAAAGUCCGUCACAGAGCAUAUAUGUAGAUUACAAGAUUGUGUUAGUUCACUUCAUAAACUGCAAGUGGACUCUGUUGAAUAUGCGUACCUUAAAGCGCUAACGCUUUUUAGCGCCGAUAAUAUUUUAGCUGGCGUUUGGCGUAAAAAGGUUGAAGUUUUACAAGAAGCCGCGUGGACAGAGUUGCAACAACGUGUGGGAUCUGACCGAUUACCUCGCCUUCUUUUGAGGCUUGCACCUCUUCGUUCAAUUAACCCUAGGGUUUUGGAAGAUUUGUUUUUUGCAGGUCUUAUCGGUAGGGUAAGCGUAGCUAGUGUUGUGCCUUAUAUUCUUACUAUGCACGAUUACAAAACUGAACCUGAAAGUCACAUGGGGUGACAAUUACUAUCUGUGCAAUGUAAGUCGUGACCUAUCAAAGUGAUACAUAUAUAUAUGUAACGUGUAUGUAUAUGUAUCAUUUCAUAUAUAUAUACACGUUAGUGUUGAAUGCCUUGAAUAUUUUUAUACACUGACAAAGAAAGAAAGGAAAACGAAACGAGGCAAAGUUAAUCUUUAUUUUUCAUAAAAGGACUAUAAUUCUUUACAUGCCUCUUUUUAAAUAAAGGUGUCGAAACUCAGGGUAGUAUUUUAACUUGUUAAUCAGAUGUAAUAUCUAAUUUACAAUAUUCUGAUUAACAUUGUUUUUAUUUAUUACAUAUUUCACUGCCUAUUGUACAAAACUUUCCACGUUGCACAAAGAUAUUGUAUGUGUAAAAGAAUGCUAAUAGCAAUAUGAUAUAGAUUUGUUACUAAAAAUAACAUUAAUAUCAUUUACACUGCUAUAGAUUUAUCGUUUCGUUUCAAGUGUAGCAGUAUUAUAUGUUUAAUAUAAAAAUACGAAAUAUUUUGUUACUUUUGAAGCGAAAGAAAAUAUCUGGAAAGUUUUGUAUUGGCACAAUAGACUA